UUUCCAUGGGACCAUGCUGCAGCCCACAUACACCACUCAGGGUGGGCGAGGCCCUGAGGGACAACAGCAAACGAGCCGUGCCCGACCGCACUGAGCGAUCGGCACGGUUUCCAUCUGCGAAAGAGAGGUGGGUGUGUCUGGGCGCUCCGCGAGGCCAGGCAACAGAGACCCACCUCUGGGUGGCCCCUCACAGGCACACAGGGACCAAGGGGACCCUGCUACACCUGGACAAGGGCCAGUCAGGGGCACGGCAGAUGCACAGUGCCACAGUCCUCCACACGAGGAGCAAGAAAACGAGGCCCUCAACACAGGAGGGCGCCCGACAAAAAACCCACCAGAGUUAGGCGGGAAGAAUGCCACCAGCAGGAUCCUGCAAGUGGAAGCAGCGCAGACCGCCAUCCCUCGACAGAACAAGAGGACAAGCGGAAACCAGCCAGAACGCUGGGCUGCGAGUAUGUUGGGGCCUCCAACAAGGACAAUGGGCGGAUUGUCCUCAUACACCCGAGCAGUUGGCACCUCCACGCGAGACGCACGCGUGCACACACACGAACAAGCGGAAGGCCAGGCGUUGGGGCCAAGGACAAUCCUGGCCACAGCAAACGCCAUUGGAGCGACAGUCGGAAUUAAAUUACUCCCGUGCUCCACUGAAGGACAACCUGGAGGAGGAGGAGGAGGAGGAGGAGGAGGAGGAGGAGGAUAAGGAAGGAGGAAAGGGAGGGAAGCAGGAUCGGGAGGAGCAUGAGGAGAGCUACUUGGCCUCAACGGCCCCACCACUGAUUAGCAACACCAGCAGUGUGGGACCUGCUGGCGAGGGCUGCGGGCGCAAAAAAAAUGCACGCCUCGCGGGCUGCCCUAGGCAACUCAUUCGUCGCUCGGCAGUGGGCCGUUCACCGGCCAUUCUCCACUGUCAGGACACGCGACUAGCAUAAAAACGAAGAAUAAUCAGAAGAAGAAGACGAAUAAUAAUAAUAAUAAUAAUAA